GAGAGCCGCGAGUUUGGUGUGCGAGAGCGGAAGAAACCCGGCCAGUGCCCCGGAAGCAGUCUCUGCAACUUCCGGGGGGGCUUUUACGCCUGGUGCGAGAGCUCAGGGGCCCGGAUACUGUGCUUGAAGUAGUAGGUGCACCAAAAUGUCCCGUGGAUCCAGCGCGGGUUUUGACCGCCACAUUACCAUUUUUUCGCCCGAAGGUCGGCUCUACCAAAGAUGGAGUCUCACUCUCACUCAGGCUGGUCUCAAAUUCCUGAGUUCAAGCUCUCUUCCUGCCUUGGCCUCCCAAAAUGCUAGGAUUGCAGAAUAUGCUUUUAAAGCUAUUAACCAAGGUGGCCUUACAUCAGUAGCUGUCAGAGGGAAAGAUUGUGCAGUAAUUGUCACACAGAAGAAAGUACCUGAUAAAUUAUUGGAUUCCAGCACAGUGACUCACUUAUUCAAGAUAACCGAAAACAUUGGCUGUGUGAUGACAGGAAUGACAGCUGACAGCAGAUCCCAGGUACAGAGGGCUCGCUAUGAGGCAGCUAAUUGGAAAUACAAGUAUGGCUAUGAGAUUCCCGUGGACAUGCUGUGUAAAAGAAUUGCUGACAUUUCUCAGGUCUACACACAGAAUGCUGAAAUGAGGCCUCUUGGUUGUUGUAUGAUUUUAAUUGGUAUAGAUGAAGAACAAGGCCCUCAGGUGUACAAGUGUGAUCCUGCGGGUUACUACUGUGGGUUUAAAGCCACUGCAGCAGGAGUUAAACAAACUGAGUCAACCAGCUUCCUUGAAAAAAAAGUGAAAAAGAAAUUUGAUUGGACAUUUGAACAGACAGUGGAAACUGCUAUUACAUGCCUGUCUACUGUUCUGUCAAUUGAUUUCAAACCUUCAGAAAUAGAAGUUGGAGUAGUUACAGUUGAAAAUCCUAAAUUCAGAAUUCUUACAGAAGCAGAGAUUGAUGCUCACCUUGUUGCUCUAGCAGAGAGAGAUUAAGCAUUGUUAGUUUACCAAAUCUGUGAUGCCACCUGUCUACGUGUUUGGAACCAACAGACCAACAUUGUGGAGGCCCUUGGACUGAGAAAGGAACCUCUCCCAAUCCUCCUCCUGCUAGGAAGUGGUUAGGGGUCACUAUCACUUGCUGGAUAAAUAAAAGCAAUCCUUUUGGAAA